UAUUUUGAAGCGUCCCGUCAGCUGUCGCGGUCAGACCGAGCCUCCGGGGGGGGAGGCUGCUCAGUGCGCCUGGUCCCAGUCUGGUCGACUCCCGCCGCUCUUCGGAACCAUCAUGGACCUGGACCCGGUCGUCCUCCUGCCCGCCGUCCUCUUCACGGUGGUCGCGGUUUAUUUGGCUUCAUCGCUGCUCCGCCGGAAGCCCGACAGACCCUCCUCCUCCUCGGCCGGCACCAACAAGCCCAAAGUCGGAUACGGAGACGAUGUUCCUCAGUCCAGACCGCCGGGAGAACCGCUGCUCUCCACGGGACCAGAACCAGAACCAGCAGAGAAGAAGCGGGCCUUCCCGGAGUUGAAAGUGAAGGCGGCACCAGAACCCGAUCCAGAACCAGUGACAGUACCGGAACCAGUGAAGCUACCAGAACCGGUCAUCAAACAAGCACCAGCUCAAGAACCUUUUCCAGAACCAAACAAAAUACAAGAAUCAUCUACAGAACCAUUAGCAGUUUCAGUACCUGCGACAGAACCAGAACCAGCCAUAGAACCAGAACCAGCUGUAGAACCAGAACCAGCUAAAGAACCAGAACCAGCUGUAGAACCAGAACCAGCUAAAGAACCAGAACCAGCUAAAGAACCAGAACCAGCUGUAGAACCAGAACCAGCUAAAGAACCAGAACCAGCUGUAGAACCAGAACCAGCUAAGCAGAAUUUGGGGAAACCUUCCCCAGAACCGACAGCAGCUCAGAAACUUGUCCCUGAAACAUUAAAAUCUGUAGAAUCUGUACCAGAACCAGAACCGGCUCUAGAACCAGUGAUGGUCACAAAGAUUCUAGCCGACUCAUCUGUUGUACCUGUACCAGAACCAGAAUCAGCUGCAGCUCCAGAACCCAAUUCUGUCCCAGAACCAGUUAAGGUUCCUGAUCCAGAACCAGAACCUGAAGUGGUCCAACAGUCAGAGACUGAACCAGAAGUUGAGAAGGUGGAUGGGUCCGGACCAGAACCAGCAGCUGAAACGGUCUCUGAACCCACAGGGCCCGUGGCAGAGGAACCGGAACCGGAGCAUAACUCUCUGAACGAUGUUGUUGCAGCUGCAGCUCAAAAUGAAUCCAGCAAGUUGGAGACGCUGAUGGAGGAGCAGAGCUGAUUCCAGAUGAAGUUCUGAAGAAUUGAAGAUCAGCAGUUUUUUGAGGCUCCCUUCAUGUUUUUGUGGCUUUAGCAGCUCUGAGGUGGAGCAGGUGUUUUGCAGUAAAUGUGUUUCCCAUCAAUGUGCCUUCAGGAGUUAUUGUGUGUGUUGAAGCUUCGUGCAGAAAUGAAGGAGUGUGUUUUUACUCAGCCUGGUUUUAAUCUGUUUCCUAAUGAUAAACUGUUUCUGUUGAUGCUGCAGCUUUACUUUAUCUGCUCUGAGUUUGUUUUAAUUUAAAACAGGGAAUAAAAGUGAGAAAUAAG